AUGGGGAAAAAGAGGAAGAGGCCCGUGAAGGGCAAGCAUGCGCAAGGCCAUUCGUCGCAGAUUCGCAUCACUGCGGCCUCCACCGGUUUCAGGGAUCAAAGUGGCUUUUCUUCUGACCACGCGACCAAACUCACACACCCGGUAAUAUCGCUUUACUACCAGGAAGUGGUCACAUUGAGACAGUUCCUCCUGCGCCAGAUACCAUCAGCCUCACGGUCCCGUCGUCGAAAAAUCGCAUCGGUCGGAACGAAUCUCGAAGAAGGCGCCAAUCACUCGUGCUCGGAUUCACAGCGAGAACUAGCUAUUCUCCUUGAUUCUACUUUGGUGGGAAUUACGCAAGACCCAUCCCCUGCCCGCGAUCAGGAACGAAGCCAAGAGCUGGCUGCGUUGCGCAAAUCUCAGCCCAAGUCUCAACUAGCGAGCACAGACACUGGUCCGCCAUGUGCACAAGCAGAGCUUGUGGACCGUGCUAUAGCAUUGAUCUGGAAGCCAUUUCUCUCCGAGUCCAAGAAAAGGCCGCAUCACCUUCUGACCCGGGGAUCCCGAAGUGUUGCUGAGACACACUUCUCGAAUGAAAAUGUUCAGAAGCUCAAAAGUGCCCCUUGGACGGAGGUCUUGGGAUUACUGGGCAAUAAUGGGGAAGUCAUUAUGCUGUAUCUCUUGUGCGAUUGUGGGAUUUUCACAGCCUUGGACUCACGCAAAGGCAUAUACCACCAGAUCUGCGGAUAUUCUCUUGAGAAACUUGAUCCCAUCAACACGAAGCCACAGCAAAUAUCCUUAGAGUCAAAUUGUUUCACCACUGGCAAAGGAUCCGUGGCGGUUAAGGAUGGCCGGCAGAUGACGGCAAAUUGCUGUUCGAAAAGCCAGUCGAACUUGCGGACGCCGAGUGCCAUUGCUUUCAAUCGUCACCGCAUGCUUUACGCUUCGCCCAUGCCUGUUACCAAAGGAAAAUCCAUAUUGGGCCUAGGGAACCAUGUUCUCAACCGUUAUUCCUCGUCCAUCUCGCAGUCCAAGGCCGUGCACGUCAUGCAACACAUUUUCCCCCUGCAGUUUGCACUGACAAACGUUUUCAAACCUGACCCGGAGAACGACUCAAAGUUUUCAUCACGUGAAGAUGAGAUCGCAGCGAAUUCAAAGAAGCGAAAACGAUCUUCCACAGACUCUGAGAAUCAGAUCACGAACAAUGAACGAGUCCAGCCGGCGAAAAUCCCAAAGCGCCUUCAAGGACAGGCGUCGGAGCUGGUUCGACAAUUACUCAAUCGUCAUAAACGCUGCCCGUACGGAUACUUGUUGGACUACUACUGUUCUUCCGAGCAUAUUGGUCCAUGGAAACUCGGCCCA